AUGAGCUCAAGUGAGCUGCGCCGGCGGGCAGUCCGCCGUCCCGCUUCCCAGCCACAACCGGGUGUUGCAACCCUGGGCGAUGUCGUCCGCCACGCCUAUGUGAAGAACAUGGCCUUGGACACGGACAAGUGCCCCUUGGGGCGAGCUGUUGUUCAGUCGCGCUUCUGGCGUCACUUACAACACACCUUCUUCCAAGAUCAGACCAAGGCCGUGCUCUUGGAGAACAUGACUGUAACAGAGUAUGAGCAGUACCGACACCAACGUCAGAGCGCAGCCCGCUGCCCUCACACGACUUUACAAGUGACCACUAUCACUGGCUCGCAAGAAAGGUCUCCACCCCACACGGGCUCGGAUCGAAUGGUAACGCGACAUGCUGACUCGUCGAUUGCCAAGCCCAAGAUGGCACCCCAAAUUAGCACCCCCACAGAGACCAACAUCAACCCCAAGCAAACUGUUCGUCGCCGGCGCGCCAGCAGCGAGCCAGUGCCCGUGCAAUUCGUGCACCAGACUCACUUCGACGAAGGCAGCCUCAGCGCCAAAAAGCUCAAGGCCCAGCACCACAGCUAUCCGAUCACGGAUAUUUCGCAGCGACCCACCAACACCGUGGAGCACGGUUCCAAUGGCCGUGUCCAUGGCUGGCGCCGCCGCCGCUCGUCUGGUCUGCUGGCGCAUGCUGGUCACGCCAACCGGCGUCAGAGCGUGCAAGGCCAAGAUGCUCGUCGUGAGAUGGUGCAGCGCUUACUGACGCUCAGUGCCUCUCAGCUACAGCAGAAAUGGGCUCAACACGUCCGCUUGAUGCAGAUGGCCCAAUCCAUGACAAUGCAGGCCGACCAGUCGCCCCAGCCUCUGCCACACGGACAGCAACAGCAACAGCAUACCCCUCAACAUCAGUCGCCACAAGCACAACUCCCACCCUCGCAUCUCCAACACGAACAACGACAACAACUAAUGCAGGCGCUCACUCAGCUGGUCGCUGCAGCCCAAAUGAAGCAAGCACAGGCAGGACCGACCCCAGCAGCUACCAUCCCGUCUGCCCCAAUCGCCCAAUGUCCCCACGACCUCUCACCCACAACCAGUGCUGAACACAGUGAGGAUGAGGAGACCAUCGCCGGUAUGGCGUCAGUCUCCAUCACCCCACGUCGUCGUUCCUCCUUCUUGAGCAGCAGCCUCGACCUCCGCUCCCGCAACACGUCAAGUAACCCCGCCCCUCAUGCGCGUCGCUGGAGUUCUGCCGAAUUGACCCUGGACUCGUGUGAGCCCGAUUACACCCAUCGCCGCAGCAAGAUCCCAUUAAACCCUCGCCGCAUGCGCAUGCGCCGCCGCUCCUCCAACACCAUCGGUGUCGCUGCGUCUUGCGGUAGCUUGCCAGUGAACGCCAAGCCCAUCAUCAAGCCCAAGCCAAGCACGACCCUGGCCGACGUUGUGCGUCAAGCCUAUAUCAAAAACCACAAGCUAGCUGCGUCCAGCGACGCUAAACCCCUCUCGACCAAAAACCAGCGACUACGGGCCCCAACCAGCAACAACCCAUACUUGUGCCGCAUGGUACAGCAAAGUCGCUUCUGGCGUCAAUUGCAAGGCAUCUUUUUCGAGAACCCAAGCGAAUGCAGCCUCUACGAAGCGAUGACAGUGACCGAGUAUGAGAAGCACCGCAACUCCAAGCUUCAACCGACAACGAUGGCCCCAUCAACAACAGCAACGACAACUCCUCGGGACACUCUACCGGCUCAUUCCAAACAAAGCCCGAGCCCCAAUACCGCUGCCAAGAAUAUUCCUGUUGCCGAAGACACGACAGACGCGAUGCCAACCCGCAUCUCCCACUUGCACACCUCUCCGACAUGGCGCGCACCGCGUCUGGCUCGCCGCCACAUGGCAACCUGUCACUCAAUCAUGAAGGCUCGUACCGUCAACAACCAAUCUCAGAGCUACCUUCCCUCAAGCGUCCAAGUCUACCCCCAGCCCAAAAAUGUCACCGUCGCGCCCCGCUCUGACGACUACAGCCAACCAGAGGCUUGUACCCACUUUGCCAUUCAGAAUCAUGCUCGAGUUUCUGUUUUUUGA